UCGUGUCAGAAUUAAAGUCAGUGUUUGGAUUUAGAUGAGGGUGUGACCUUUGAACCCUCUCAGCUCCUUGUUCUACCAGUUGAGCCCAAAGGACAGGAGCUGUGCUCAGUCAGGGUGUGUUAUUGGACGUUAACGUGAUGUGUGUUUUUACUCUCCCCCCCUGCAGGUGAGACAACCGCAGCCCUGUCGCGCUCACAGCGCCCCCUGUCGGCCCGGGCGGCCCACCACGCCCCGUCCAUGAAGGGCUACCACGUCAGCCGCAGUAUGUCCCAGCAUUCCGCGGGACCCUGCCCCUGCGUGCCCGAGGACUACGGUGGCCACCCGGACCACCACUACCACCAGGGGCACCCCGACCACCCCUACUACCCCCCCGGGGGGCCCCCCGAGCCCCUGGCCCUGCCAGCGCCCCCCUCUGGUGGGGGCACGUUCCCCCGCUCGCACCCCACCCAGCAGCAGCAGGCGUACGACUCGUGUGAGGAGUGCCUCGGUCACGGGGGGAAGAUGCAGCGGAUUCCCGCGGGUCUGCUGGACCAGUUCGAGAAGCAGCUGCCCUUCCAGCCGGACGGCUUCCACACGCUGCAGUACCAGCGAGCGCCCAGCGGGGGCGGGGGCGGCGGCGGGGGCGGCGGCGGCGAGCACGUACACCGCAGCGAGAGCCCCAGCCGCAUCCGCCACCUGGUGCACUCGGUGCAGCGGCUCUUCGCCAAGUCCCACUCACUGGAAGCGCCGUCCAAACGCGAGUACAACGGAGGCCCGCGCGGCGGAGGGGAGUACCGCGAGCGAGGAGGCGGCCAUCGCAGCGCAGGCGAGGAAGGAGGAGGAGGAGGAGGAGGAGGAGGAGGGCAUCACCAGUCCCGCUCCGCCCGACGCAGCAAGAGCCGCGAGCGCAGCAAGAGUGGCGAUUACCGACACGAGCCGCAUCGCCACGGCAGCCGUCACCGCAGCCGCACGGCCGGCUGGUGGAGCUCCGACGACAACCUGGACAGCGACAGCAGCUUCCUGCCCGGGGCGGGGGCGGGGGCGGGGGGCGCCUACCCCGAGAGCCUGGACGCCAGCCUGCACGAGCUGACCAUGAAGAGGCCCAAGGCUGGCCCUGGGGGGCCCGGGGAGUGCCUGGCCUGCACCAGCAUGGUGAUGGCCGGCGAGGGGGGGCCACAUGGCCAUGGGGGGGCGCACUCGCUGAAGAGGAGCACCUGGUCAGCCAUGACGGUCAGCCAGGCCAGGGAGGUGUACCCCAGAGUGGGGGGAGGCGGAGGCGGAGGGGGAGGGGGAGGGGGGGGCUUUGACAAGGCGCUGGUGCCCGUGGAGCCCAAGAGCAAGGAGAGGGCGCUGCACCGUCUCCAGGUCCCAUUAGAUGAGUGGGGCGGUGGUUACCCCGGGGGAGGGGUGUGUGACGGUGGCGGUGAGAUCCCGUGCCGACGCAUGCGCAGCGGCAGCUACAUCAAGGCCAUGGGCGACGACGAGAGCGGGGACUCGGACGCCAGCCCCAAAGCCUCGCCCAAGAGCGCCCUCAUCGCCCAGAGGGAGGCCUUCAGGCGCUCCGUCAGCAUGGACCAGCGCUCCACCUCCAACAAGUUCUCGUGUAGGCAAUGCACAGAUGCGUACCCAAACAGUCGCACCACUCCUAAAGGACACCCUCGCUCUCGUAGCUACACACGCUCUCUAACCAGCGCACAGCUGGGCGACACACUGAAUCGUCAGUUUGAGGCGGUGUGUGAGACGAUGUUUGGAGAGGUGGAGUCUCAGGCUGUGGAGGCUCUGGACCUGCCGGGAGUGUUCCGCACGCGCAGCCACAGCUAUGUGCGCGCCAUCCAGGCCGGCUGUUCCCAAGACGACGACUGCCUGUCCGUCUUCUCCAUGUCCGGCCCCCAGGGCAGCGUCAAAGGAGGACCAGUGGUGCCCUACAGGAAGGGUCCCCCCCCUCUACCCCCACGCAUGUCCAAGCCCAUGAUCUCGGUCACGGCCCAGAGCAGCACCGAGUCCACCCAGGACGCCUACUUCCACAGCACGGGCCAGCCGGCGCCGGCCCACCCCCAGCCCCACCCCCACCCCCAGCCCCAGCCCCGGACCAAGCACAGCAACUCCGUGGACGGUGGCACCGGCGAGCCCAGCGGCCGCUCCUCGCGGGGCGGGUACUACCCGGGUUCGGCCCGCGGCCGCCAGAACAGCAACUCGGCGGAGAGCCUGGACGGCAGCCGCGGGCUGUUCAGGGAGGCGAGCUACCAGCAGGGGGCGCCCAUGAGGGCCAAGCACAGCAGCUCGGCGGACAACCUGCUGGAGAGCGCCGGGGGCCGGGGCCACAGGGAGCGGGGCCCGGGGGGCAGUCUGGGCAAGUCGGCCUCUCUGCCCCAGAACUCCGUCUCCUUCAGCAAGGCCUUGGCAGCCUCCGAACAGCACAAACCAGAGGGGCGCGCGCGCAAACUCAGGCCCUCCAUAGCAGUGCAGGUGGACAGCUCCGGAACGCUCUCAGACUCCGAAGGCGAGGGGAAGUCACUGAGGGAAGUACACUCGAUCGGGGUUCAGGUGGAGGACGACAAGAGACGCGCGCGCUUCAAGCGCUCCAACAGCGUGACGGCGGGCGUUCAGGCGGACCUGGAGCUGGAGGGCUUCCCGGGGAUGCUGGUGGGCGUGCCCACCCAGGACAAGAGCCUGCAGUUCGGCUGCUCCUUCCAGCGGCACUCCUCCGAGCCCGAGUCGGCGGGCCAGUUCGCCGAGUACCGCACCGUGCACACGCAGGGCCAGUGGGCCUACCUCGAGGACUACCACCAGCACCACCACCAACACCACCCGGGCUACGGGCCGGACCCCUGCGGACCGGAGCCCCGCGCCCUGCCCCGCUCCCACUCCCCCCUGCCCCUGGAGCGGGCCGGCUGGCACGAGGGGCCCCGCAGCCUGCCGGACUCGGGACGGGCCUCGCCCUGCAUGAGGGACGGGGAGUUCUACCUCAGGCUCCUGCAGUCGGAGGUGGAGAGGGUGGAGGGAUGGUGCCAGAACAUGGAGACCGAGGCGGAGGAGAACCAGCUGCCUGAGGAGGUGCUGGAGUUGAUCAGGUCGGCCAUUGGCAGUGCCCAGAUGCUGAUGUCACAGAAGGUGCAGCAGUUCUUCCGCAUGUGUCAGCAGAGUGUGCUUUGA